AUGAAGAUGAGAUCUAAAUUUGUUCUUCUUCUCUUCCAUCUUAACUCUGCAGAGCUGAAGAAAGCCAAGCCAUCAGGACCACCAACACCUCCUCUAACACCAACAAGUCAGAACCAACUGACAACCCUUCAUCACCCUAGUCCUAUCCAUCUACCAAAUGCUCUAGCCUGUGGCGCAGCUGGUACCCUCAAAGGUGCUGAACAUGUCCCUUUCUUACCCCUUGGUGCAAUCAGUACUGCUGCAUGGACACAGGGUCUCGCAACCUGGCAGGUGCCACCUGGUGCCAUCACAGCACCACCAAGUGCCUCACUGACGGUACCAAAUCCAAACAGCACAUUGAGGCGCCUAGUACUCAACGGUUCCUCAUCGGUGCCAUCCUCUCGCCACCACACAUCAUUGGGGUCAUCAUCGGCACCGCCAAAGAAAGCACCUAAGUUUGACUUUGCUCAUCUGGCCAUUGCCGCGACUCAACCUUGCAGUGCCGAUAGUAGCAAGACGCGGUUGGUGCCUUUGCAACCAACCGAGAGGCGCCGGGGUAGAGGACCAAUGAGAGCUAAAAAAGAGUUCAUCUGCAGGUUCUGUGGACGUCAUUUCACCAAGUCAUACAACCUUCUGAUACAUGAAAGGACCCAUACUGAUGAAAGACCAUAUUCUUGUGAUAUCUGCCAUAAGGCAUUUAGAAGACAAGACCAUCUUAGAGACCACAGGUACAUCCAUUCUAAGGAGAAACCAUUCAAAUGUGGAGAGUGUGGUAAAGGAUUCUGUCAGGCAAGAACCCUAGCUGUUCAUAAAACCCUUCAUAUGCAGCAAUCGCCUCACAAGUGCGCCACCUGUGGACGGACCUUCAACCAACGUAGUAACCUAAAGACGCAUCUUCUAACCCACACAGACAUCAAACCUUUCAACUGUCCUAACUGUGGAAAGGUCUUCAGGCGGAACUGUGACCUGAGGCGACAUAGCUUUACCCAUAACGAGUGCGUAGGUGCUAUCCAGGCUGCAGCUGCAGCGGCUGCUGCCGCUGCUGCUGCUGCCGGCACAGGGCCGAUGACAAACAACUCGAUGAACAAUGGUGGUGCUACACUUGUAGAGGUUGCAAAUUAAUGAACAAAAUAUAACUGUGUCAAGAAAUCAAACAGAGAAUGAAUGCAGCACUUCUGAGGGCCACCGUUGAUGAAUGUAAAAGAUGAGUACUCGAAGUAUUCCCAUCUUGAUACAAGAGCCUUUCCAGCAUUUUAGCAUCCAAGCUGGCCAAUGUUUAUGUACACCCUUUAUGACUGUCUGGUACAGCAGAGUUUAAACUUGAGAUCAUUACAUUGACUACUUCACAUAUAUCAAAUUAAUUGUAUUAUAGACUGUGAUUGAUUUUGUUAAUGUGUCAUCAUAUGAGAAUAUGUGAUUUAUUGAUUAUAUAAAUACAGAAUGAAUUAUCUGGUUAAUCCAAUGCAACCUGAAAAAUAUAUUACCGUUUGUAAGUCAAUUAUCAUUGACAAAAUGCUUCUAAAACAUUAGAAUUCAAUUUGCUAAAGUUUGUCAAUAUUUCAUUGUAUUCAAGGGCGAUAUUGAUACACUAACUCGGCGAUGAGAGUGCAUAGAUCUUGUAAAUUGUAUGUUGUUUUUUGUAUGAAUAUUUAUAAAUAUAGCCACUUGAAGUCAUUAGCCAAGAAAUAGUUAAGAUUACUUACUGAAAUCUAAUAUUGUUAUUACUACAGGUGCUAGCAUUCUUCCUUAUUAUUUGAUCCAUUUUUGUAGAAAAGUAUAUGAGCGUAUCUCUUGCAAAUUGAAG